UAUUUUAAAUUGUCAAUGCGCGCCACGAAUAAUUUCAUUUUUGAAAAUUGCGCAGUAAAUUAAUACGCAUCAAGCGCCUUAAGUUGGGCACGUUCACUUUAUAUUCUUUGUUUACACAGGGUUAUGAAACAAUAAGGGGCCCACAUCUGUCGCUUCAAUAGCGCCAGACUUAAAGUAAUCAUGUCGGGUGAUGUGCAGCCAAGAAAACGAAAGGAUAAGAGAAGAAAGAAAGAUGAGCUGGGUGUUGAAGAGCUACCGCGUGGCACAGCGGCAGUAUUCGGCGAAGGAGAUGUGUUAAUGCAUUCUUAUCACGAACAUGGCACUGGAGGACACUGGUGUGCAAAAAUAAUCUUCUUCUCACUACUGUCUGUUCUUGUUACAUUAAUUGUACUCAUAAUUCUCGAAAACAGAGGGCUAACUGAAUUGGAAGCAAAUGCAGUAGAAUCUCGCUACUCCGGUGUAUUGGAUGGUUGGAUUGAAGAUACACCUGAUGAUGACCAUCAUGAUGAACAUACACUUGACCUAAAACACCAUAGUUAUGAAGAUAUUCACGAUGAUGGUGAUGAUGAUCAACAUGAGAUUGACACAGAACAUGAUGAAGAUGAUCAUAAUGAAGAAGAAUUUAAUGUUGAAAAUGACGAGGAGGGUAAUGAUGGCGACGGUCCUGACGACGAUGAAGAUGAUGACGACGGUGAGGAUGAUGAUGACAGUGAUGCUGAAGAUAAUGACGAUAAUGAUGACGAUGAUAUAGAUAAUGAUGAUAAAAAUCAUAAUGAUUAUGAAGAAAAGGAUGAUGAAGAUGAUAGCGAUGAGAAGAAUAUAGAAGAGGAUGAUGAUGAGGACAAUGAAAGAAUGGAAUACAAGAAAUAUACAUAUGAAGAACAAGCCGAUGACGACGACGACGAUGGUGACGAAAAUGAUGAUGAUAACGUGGAUAAUGAUGAAGAUUUAAUAAAUAAUGAUUCCAAAGAACAGGAUGAUGAAGAUUUAAAAGAUUUUAAUGAACAAGAUUAUCAGAGCAAUGAACUUCAAGAUGAUGAUAUUGAUACAAACGAGGACCAAAAUGAUAUAGAGAAUGAUGAAAAUGAAAGCAACGAAAAUGAGGAUGAUGAAGAGAAUGAAGCAGCAGAAGCAGAAGAUGACGACGACGAAGAAGAAGUAGAGAGAAUAGAGAGGGAAGUUGUAGAUGAUGAAGGACAGGCAAUUUCAUCUGAAAAUUUCGAUGAAGAGGUUGUUGAAAGUAAUAGAGAAGAAGAUGAUGAUGAUGAGAAAGAAGAAACAAAUGAUGAUGAAGACAUCAUUGAGCCGCCGAUUGUGGAACAAAUCCCUGUACCAUCAGGAAAGCCCUUUGUGGAAUUGGAAGACGAACCGUCUUCAGAAAAACCAACCGAUACAUUAGCUGAAGAGGAAGAGUAUGAAAAACGACAAGAACAAAUUCGACUCGAAAAAGAAGAAUCUUCGUCACAGAUGUGGCUGAAGUUGGUGGUGGGGGGCGCGCUGCUGUUGGCAACACACGCUGUCAUACGACGCUCCGCAGCGCCCAGCGAUACACCAGAAAGUGAGGAUAGUGCAACCAGAGAGGAAACUCCGACUUUAGUCGAUAGACGUAUGACGCUCCUUCCUAGAGAAACUGCACCAUUAUUGACCCCAAAGACAAGUGAACCCGUUCAAGAGAUUGUGGAAAGCAUCGAUUCAAUUAGGGAAGCAGUACAAUCAAUUCCUAUACGUAAGCAAGAGAGUGACGAUGAAAAUCAAGAAGAUGAAAAUGAAUUCGUUAAAGAGGAAAUUAUCGUUGCACAAGAAACAAAAAAUGUUGUAGACAAAGAAUUGUAUAGCGAUGAGGAAGAGGAAGUCGAAGAUGAGGAAGAAAUCGUUGAAGACAAAGAAAAUUCGAACGAUGUUAACGUUGCCCCAGAGAAGGAGGGUGACGAUUCAGAAACCGAAGAAGUUCCAGACGAUGUUGAAAUAAUCGACGACGAACAAAUCGAAGAGGAAAUAGAAGAUGAAGAAGAAGACGAGGAAGAAAUUUCGGAUGUCGACGACGCGGAAUUAUUGAGUCGUCUCGAAGCUAAAUACGGCCGUUUGCCGGAACCCGAGCGGCCCGGACAGAGACCCAAGGAUGGUGGUAACAGCAUCGGGAACGAAUGGCCUGGCGAACCUAGCAGCUCAUAUUGGCGUAAUCAGCUAGACAUCGCUGAAGACGAAAUCCGCCAGCGGGAGUGGGAGUCUGCGCGUGCGCGUGUGUCGCGCCCGGAGUUGGCGGGCAGUUUGCGGGCGAGGUAUCUUGUUGCUCUCGCACUGGACGAGGAGGCUGAAUACCGGCGCAACAACGACCUGCUCUCGCGCGCCAUACUUGCCUACAUGCAACUGUUCAAGUCUUCCACACAACUCUCGGACAACUUGCUGACCGAACUCGCUACGAAAACUUUAAACAGGAUAUAUUUUAGAGGAACUUACUUGAGCGCUGAACCCGUCUACAGAAUACUAAUCAAACGGUUUCCGAACGAAAUAUCUCAUCGAAACAACUUGACCGUGACCUUCCUAAUGGCCAACAAACCUGAAUUAGCCGCUGAGGUAUUAAAAGACACAUUGAAAUUGUGGCCAAACGAUCGCGUAGCUCUUGCUCACUAUGGAUUUGUUUUAAAAACACACUAUAAUAAACUUGAAGAAUCCGUUACGAUGUUCCGUAGAGCUUUAGAAAAUGACACCGGGCCCGCGUGCGAGCCACGCUUCUACUAUCACUUAGGCGACGCCCUGUUACUUCUCGGUCGCUUCGAAGAGGCCGACGAGGUGCACAGGCGCGGCGCAGCGCACGGACACUUCUUGUCGCCUGCGCAACGUUCUUUAUACAACGUGGACAGAUUAAAGGGUCAACCAUGGUGGCAAGUCGAGGAGACGCCCUACAUCAAAUUAGCCAAUGCAUUGGAACGAUCGUGGAAAGAGAUAUUGAAAGAAGGAGAAGCGGCGCGCGCUCUGUAUGAGAAAGAGAAGGAGGGGCUUAAAGAAAAAGGGGAGUGGUCUCAAUUAGAUUUAUUUGUGAGAGGCCAAGAGAUCCCUGGGCGCUGUAAACGAGCGCCGGUCACUUGCUCCAUUGUUAGAACGGAGCCGGCGGCGGCCAACUGUAGGAGAGGACAGAUCAAGUUCAGUUUGAUGUCGGCCGGAACACAUGUCCGGCCACAUGUCGGACCUACCAACUGUAGAUUGCGAAUGCAUUUAGGAUUGAGCAAUACCAAACAUACUUACAUACGAGUGGAUCGGGAAACUAGACAGUGGCAAUUGGGCAAAGUGUUGUUGUUCGACGACAGCUUCGAGCAUGAGGUGUGGCAUAAUGGCACCGGAGCUCGCCUCGUGCUCAUAGUGGACGUGUGGCAUCCCGACCUCACCGCACAUGAGCGCCGCCAACUGCCAGCCAUCUAAUGCUGUCAAAUAGACUAGCAUUAUACGACCAUAGAUAUUAUAGAACACCAUUAAACGACCAUAGAUAUAAGCAGUACGACUUAGGGUACUUCAAGAAGUGUAUAUUUUUCACAAGGCCGGCAACGCAUCUGCAGUUUCUCUGGUGUUGCGUGUCAUCUCAGUGUCAAACGGAUUGCAAAGGCGAAAUAAUCUCAGUCCCACUAACCGAAGGACCCCUGAUUAACUGACUAGUCGGUGCCGACACAGGAUAAAAGCGUAACCAUUAGCCGUUUUUAAAUAGGUAAUAAUUAUAACAAUGUCUGACGAAAGUUUAAACAAUUUAACCAUAGAUAUUAAUCUGUCUUUUUUGAUAUUACCAUCUUAUU